GUGAGGUGGAGAGAAGAAGAAGAAGAUAAGCAUAAAAAACCCGAAAGAGCCAAGUCAGCAGGAGCAAAGUCAUAGCGGUUGGGCGUUGAGAGAGACGGACCCGCCUCUUUUGAGUCUUUGUGGUAUAAACUAUAAAGCGCCUCCUCCUUCAAGAAUAUGCUCUCUUCUCCUCCUUCUCUCUUAUUUAUUCCUUUUUCAUCUCUUCUUCUUUCCUCCUUUCUUAAAAUACAGUAGCAGUACUAGUAUUUUAUUUACAUUCUUCUACCUUCCUUGUCAGAUCCCAAGUAUCUUACUUUCCUAAUUCUUCAACCAACGAAAACGAUCAUCAUGGAGUUUAUGUUUUUCCUUGAGAUGCUUCUCACGGCUCUUCUUGCUUUCUUGUGUUCUUUCCUUCUUGCCAAUCUCUUCUCUUCUGCUAACGAUCCGAGUUCCAAGAAGCCUGAGAUCAUCGGUGUCGGUGAUGAGUUUGUUACAGAGGAGGUUCCUUCUGUUAAGAAGAUGGAUGCUCGAGUGAUGGACAGCGACAGGAAUCUAUCAGUUGUUGCUGAUGAGAAUGUGGAGCUUGUUGAUCGCUUUGUUAACGGAGCUGAUGGAGUUGGUGAAGUCGAGGAAGCGACUACGGGAAACGCUGAAUCCCGUAAAGACCGCGAAGAGGAACUGGUGAUUUUUACGGCGGAAACUGAGUCCACGGCGGUUGUCUCGCCGGAAAAUAAUGCGAUCGUCGAGGAGAUGAUGAUCAGUCGUGGAGUUCAGGUAGAAAAGAGCGACUCGGCGGAAGGAAUCGUUACUGAACGCGAAGAUUCGAUGGUUCGAACCGCGGGAGCUGAUGGUUCGGUCUCGCCGGAAAACGUGGUAGCGGAGGAGGAGACUGUGCUUGAAGGAGAAGAGGAUCGAAGCGAAUCGACAAAAAUAGGAAGAAGUGGUUGCGUAGAAAACGAAGAAAGUAGAGGAGAUGUCGUAGUCGCUGAAGUUGAGGAUGAGGUUAGGGUUGAAGAGACUAAUACGGUGGCAGAGACAGAGAUUGAUACUGAAGGAGCUGACGAAGAGAAAGAGGAAUUGAGUAUUGAAGAUGAUGAUGAUGAUUGGGAAGGAAUUGAGAGGAGUGAACUGGAGAAAUCCUUUGCGGCUGUUGCAAAUCUUUUGGAAGAAUCCGGGAAAUCAGAAGAUAUUGGUGCUGAGUCCAAGAUGGACUUGUACGGACUUCACAAGAUAGCCACUGAAGGGCCAUGCCGAGAGGCACAACCUAUGGCCGUCAUGGUCUUUGCUCGUGCCAAAUGGAAUGCUUGGCAAAAACUUGGAAACAUGAGUCAAGAAGAUGCGAUGGAGCAGUAUCUUGCACUUGUCUCAAAGGAGGUCCCUGGUUUGAUGACUGGUCAUACUGUAGGGAAGAUGUCAGAAACUGAAACCUCUGUUUGCUUACCUCCUAAUUCAGGGUCAUUAGAAGAUCCGACCAACUUAGACACAACUGCUGUUGAUGAAUCCAGCAAAAUGUUUCAGGGGAAAGGUGAAACCAGUGGUUAAGUUAAGCAGGCGAGGCUUGAAGGAGGGAGGGUCUUUGGGAAACAAAGGCAAAUCUAUUCUUUUGCAUAUAAGUAUUUUUAGGUGCAACUUGGGGGUUGUGGAGAGUGUAUGCAUAAUACAUUAUCCUCACCCAAUGGUUUAGGCUUUUCAUUCGAUCCUUUCGGUUGAAGGAGUUGAAAGAAACAAAAGCACUCAAGUAUUUUAUAUAUACGUAUAUAUAUGUGCGCAAGGAUUGGUUGAUUUCUAGUGCAUUGAUAAUGCUAAGACCUAUGAUUUAUGAAUCAAGCAAAGGUUGUUGUUCUAUA